AUGGAAUUCAAUUCCUCCUCUCCUAGAACCAUCUCUGUAGUCUCCACAUUUACCAACCCCUUUGACAACAGCAACUCCCUUGCUGAUGUCAACGGCCAAACACGAAAGCCCAUAGCUUUAUGGCCUGGAAUGUACCAUUCACCAGUAACCAUUGCUCUGUGGGAAACAAGGUCCAAGACCUUUGAAAGACUUCUUGACCCACCUAAAGAUGCACCUCCGCAGAGUGAAUUGUUAACAAGAACUCCAAAACAGAGCCGUACUAGCAUCUUGUAUAAUUUCUCGACUGAUUAUAUCUUAAGAGAGCAGUAUAGGGAUCCUUGGAAUGAGGUCAGGAUUGGUAAGCUGCUUGAGGAUCUUGAUGCUUUGGCUGGCACCAUCUCUGUCAAGCAUUGUUCUGAUGAUGAUAGCACAACAAGGCCACUACUGCUGGUCACUGCUUCUGUAGAUAAGAUUGUCCUGAAGAAGCCAAUUAGUGUUGACAUCGAUCUUAAAAUGGUUGGUUCUGCCAUAUGGGUUGGGCGCUCAUCAAUUGAUAUUCAACUGGAGGUCAUCCAGUCCACAAAAGAGGGCUCUGACACUUCAGACUCAGUAGCUUUGACAGCCAACUUCAUAUUUGUGGCCCGUGACUCUAAGACUGGGAAAGCUGCUCCAGUGAAUCGGUUGUCACCUGAGACUGAAAAGGAAAAGUUACUUUAUGAAGAAGCUGCAGCAAGGAGCAACCUGAGAAAGAGGAAGACUGUAGAAGAAAAAAAGGAAUUUCAGAAUGGGGAGGUAAAUAGACUUGAAGCAUUGUUGGCUGAGGGACGAAUCUUCUGUGACAUGCCAGCCUUAGCAGACAGAAACAGCAUUCUUCUAAGGGAUACACGGCUUGAAAACUCUCUGAUUUGCCAGCCGCAGCAAAGGAACAUCCAUGGUCGAAUCUUUGGAGGGUUUUUGAUGCAUCGGGCUUUUGAGUUGGCAUUCUCAACUGCUUAUGCCUUUGCUGGAUUGGUUCCUUACUUUCUUGAAGUUGAUCAUGUUGAUUUCUUAAGACCUGUUGAUGUGGGAGACUUCCUGCGCAUCAAAUCUUGUGUUCUUUACACAGAACAUGAAAACUCAGAAAAGCCUUUGAUCAACAUUGAAGUUGUUGCCCAUGUUACCAGGCCUGAGUUGAGGUCCAGUGAGGUAUCAAAUACAUUUCACUUCACUUUCACCGUACGUCCAGAGGCAAAAGCCACCAAUGAUGGAUUUAUGAUCAGGAAAGUGGUUCCUGCAACCGAGGAAGAAGCGCACCGUAUUUUAGAGCGCAUGGAUGCAGAGUCCUUGCAAUCUGGCAAAGACAAACGCAAAUAG